AUGGGAGAUGUAAAAGAGGCCGCUAUAGACCCGGAUUUUAAGGGAAUCGUGUUCAGGAACUACAUUCCUAGGGACGAGAAUUUAAAGAAGCUUUGUAAAACGUUUUUGGAUGAUUACUCUUCCAUUGAAAAUACCAUAGAUGAACAGAUUGACCAGACUAUUCGGAACUACGAAUCAGAGGACGUUUUAUCGUUGGUUCGUCCUCGCCGCCAAAACUGGGAUUUAAAGCGUGAAUUAAAUCGCAAAAAGCAGAUUCUUUCAAACAGGACUGAUUCUGCAAUUUUAAGGCUGCUUCGUGAAGGCAAGAGCAACAACCAGAUUCUAGCACACCAAGUCGCUCAAAUGGAUUCAGAUGCUUCCGAGGACAUGGAUAUAGAAGAAAUUUAA